CAUGUAUUUUUGUCAUCCUUAUCUAAGGAUUAAUUGACUUGUUCAUAUAUUUGGUAAAAUGCGAACUCAUGUGGUGACAUUGAGUAAAACUAAAAUAAUUCCACCUGCAUGAUGUUUAUCAGUAGAGGGUUUUUACUUUUUUAUCUUUGAUCGAUGAUUUGGUGGAUAAUAUAAAUUCGAUAGAUUCCCUGAGUGUGUGGCACAACACUUUGUUGAAAUAACAGGGCUUGGUAGGAAAUGGCCACCUUUUUGCCGGAAGUUUCGUUCGCUCUCCAGGUCACCUUCACUCUUGUGUGUUUGGGCAUCCUCCUACUGUACAAGUUUUUCACAAAGCACUUUGACUACUGGAGCUCAAAGGGCGUCACGUUCAUCAAACCAGUGCCCAUCUUCGGCUCUGUCACCUCAUCUUUCCUCAUCAAAGAGCAUAUCGUGAACAUUGCUCAGAGAUGGUACCAACAGUACGAAGGCCUACCAUUCAUUGGUUACUUCCAGGGCAGAACACCCGCCCUGAUGGUUUUCGAUCCUGAACUGAUCGCCAGGAUCACCGUCAAGGACUUCUCACACUUCACUGACCACGGACUACGAAUCGGAGGAGAUCCUUUACAAGCGAGAAAUAUGUUCCAUUCGACUGGCCAAAGGUGGAAGGAGUUGCGGCUCAAACUCAUUCCGACUUUCACCUCGGGCAAGCUGAAAGGGAUGUUUCCUUUGAUGCUAGAAAGUAGUGAGAUUUUCGAGAAGCAUUUGGACAAAGUGGCGGCCGCCAAGGAAGCGUUCGAUGCUAAGGAGCUUAUUGGGCGAUUUUUCACUGAUAUGGUCGGGUCAACAAUUUUCGGAAUCGACUGUAACACCCUAGAGGAACCACACAAUCAGUUUAGAGUGAUGGGACAGCGGUUGGCGACGCUGAGCAAAACUCAGGCGAUGAAGCUGGCUCUAAUUGCAUACAUGCCAGAAAUUUCUCUGAAACUAAAACUGACAGUGUUGGACAGCGAUCUGAGAGAUUUCUUUUUCAAACUCACAAAAGACUUGGUUGAGAAGAGAAAAAAGACCAACACCGUCCGAAAAGACUUUUUGCAACUGCUGAUCGAGUUGAAAGAAAAGGGAAACGUCGCUAUUGAUGACGAUGACGAGGAUAAGCGUCUCAAAGAAAAUUUCCGCCCUUCUGAAACUGCUUUCAAGUUCGACGACACGGACAUGACUGCUCUAUUGAUCGCAUUCUACUUGGCUGGCUUCGACAAUACCUCAUCAGCAGCCACUUUCGCAUUACUCGAACUUGCUCUAAAUCCAGAAGUGCAAAGAAAAGUGCAGCUUGAGAUAGAUGAAUUUCUAAUGCAGAAUGACGGCAAAGUCACCUACAACGCUCUGAGAGAAAUGAAAUAUUUGGAAUGGGUUCUCUAUGAGAGUAUGAGGAAAUAUCCAGUCGUAGGCAUCCACGGUCGCGUUUGCACAAAAAAAUACACAAUCCCAGGCACUAAAGUAACGCUGGACGAAGGAGUUAUCAUCACCAUACCAAACUACGCCUUGCAAAAUGAUGCCAAGUACUUCCCUGACCCCGAAAGGUUCGACCCUGAAAGAUUCAGCGCUGAUGACGCCCUGCACAAGUACCAAUAUGUUUACACGCCGUUCGGAGAAGGGCCUAGACAGUGCAUAGGUAAUCGUUUUGCCUUGAUUCAAGACAAGCUGGCGCUGCUCUCAUUUUUGCGAAGGUACUCGGUGAAAGUCAACUCGAAAACGCAGCUGCCAGUGAAGCUCAACAUAAAACAAUUCCUGUUGAAUGCGGAAGGAGGAAUUUGGUUGGAUAUGGAACAGAGGGCGAAGGACUGAACAUAACUCUCUACACAUCACAACCUAUAUAUGAAAGAUAAUUCUAAAUAAAUUUAUUAAAAUUGUCUCACUGAAAA